CACCACUAGGUGCGAACAAACGCUGGGGAGCACUUGCCAGUUCUCAUUUGGUUUUCAUUGCAAGCGGAACGGAACGUAACGGAACGGCACACGUGGAUUUUUGUGUAGUUUGGAUAUUGCAUCAGCCGAGGACCGUGGACCCGUGGACUCACACUCACCCCGAUAGACUUCCCCUUUUGUGUGGCAAUGGCGGCUGGGGUUUUCAAGAGCUUUAUGCGAGAUUUCUUUGCGGUCAAAUACGAUGACAAGCAGCAUGAUCCGGAGGCACAGCGACUGGAUGGCAGUGGUCGCUAUUAUCCCAACUGCUCCUCGGAUGUCUGGCUGCGCUCCUGCGAGCGGGAGAUUGUGGAUCCCAUCGAGGGUCACGCCAGCGGCCACAUACCCAAAUGGCUCAACGGCAGCCUCCUGCGCAAUGGUCCCGGCAGCUGGAAGGUGGGCGAAAUGCGUUUUGGCCACCUCUUUGACUGCUCGGCGCUGCUGCAUCGUUUCGCCAUACGCAAUGGCCGUGUGACCUACCAGAGCCGCUUCGUUGACACGGAGACACUGCGCAAGAAUCGGGCAGCUCAGAGGAUUGUCGUCACGGAGUUUGGCACGGCAGCGGUGCCGGAUCCCUGCCAUUCGAUCUUCGACAAGUUUGCGGCCAUCUUUCGGCCGGACAAUGGCACGGAUAACACGAUGAUCUCCAUCUAUCCGUUCGGCGAUGAGUACUACACCUUCACCGAGACGCCCUUCAUGCACCGCAUCAAUCCCUGCACUCUGGCCACAGAGGGACGCAUCUGCAUUAGCGACUAUGUGGGCGUGGUCAAUCACACCUCGCAUCCGCAUAUCCUGCCCGGCGGCACGGUCUACAAUCUGGGCACAGCGAUGACCAAGUCCGGACCGGCCUACACGAUCAUCUGCUUUCCCAGGGGCCAGCACAUGUUCGAGGAGGCGCACGUGGUGGCCACGCUGCCAUGCCGCUGGAAACUCCACCCAGGCUACAUGCACACCUUCGGCGUGACCGAGAACUAUUUCGUUAUCGUUGAACAGCCGCUGUCCGUGUCCCUCACGGAGUACAUCAAGGCCCAGCUGUCCAGCCAGAAUCUCUCCGCCUGUUUGAAGUGGUUCGAGGACAAGCCGACGCUCUUCCAUCUGAUCGAGCGUGGCAGCGGCAAACUGGUGCAGACCUACGAGUCGGAGGCCUUCUUCUAUCUGCACAUCAUCAACAGCUUCGAGCUGGAUGGCCACGUGGUGGUCGAUAUUUGCAGCUACAAGAAUCCCGAGAUGAUCAACUGCAUGUACCUGGAGGCCAUUGCCAAUAUGCAGACCAAUCCCAACUACUCCAACCUUUUUCGCGGUCGCCCCUUGAGAUUUGUGCUGCCGCUGGGGGCCAGAGUGCACGGCCAGGACACGGCGUCCGGCUCCAGCAGGCGGCGCCUCAUCAAAUCCUUCUCCCUGGCGGGCCUGAGCACUGCUCAGCCCUCGAGAACGCUGAAGCAUUCCGUCUCCCAGUACGCGGACAUUACCUACCUGCCCACCAAUGGCAAGAGGGAGGACGCCACCGAAGAGACGCUGCAGAGCGAGGUUAAGCGGGGUCGCUACGAGGUGCAGGAUGCCAUCAAUCUGGUGACCCUAAGCAACAGUCGCGCGGAGGCGUACCAAGACCCGCGACGUGGCAUAGUCUUGCGUCCCGAAAUGCUCUGCGACUGGGGCUGCGAGACGCCGCGCAUCAACUAUGACGUACACAAUGGCAAAAACUAUCGCUACUUCUAUGCCAUCAGCUCCGACGUGGAUGCACCCAAUCCAGGCACUCUGCUGAAGGUGGACGUGUGGCAGAAGACGAGCCUGAGCUGGUGCGAGGACAAUGUCUACCCGAGUGAGCCCAUCUUUGUGCCCUCGCCGCAGCCGCAGAGCGAGGACGAUGGCAUCAUUCUGGCCUCGAUGGUCGUGGGCGGUCUUAACGAUCGCUACGUGGGUCUAAUAGUGCUCUGUGCCAAGACCAUGACGGAGCUGGGCCGGUGCGACUUUCACACGGGCGGACCAGUGCCCAAGUGCCUGCAUGGCUGGUAUGCCCCGAGCGCGGAUUAGGCCAGGGUUUAGCUUAGUCUGAGUUUGUUGUAUUUUAGAUUAGAACUUUGGAUUCAGGACAUUGGCAAUAAACUCCUGCCACUUGC